ACUUGCAGUGCAAAGACCACAAGCAAGAAGACUCCGAAGCCGGGAGUAAAAGUACCAACUAAGACAGGAGCUGUUCAACGAACGUCUGGGAGAAAGAAACCUUCCUUUGAGUUUGCUGGAGCUCUGAGACCGCGAAUUCGGCCCUUCGCUAUAGCCAGUGUCACUGGGAAUAGCUGCAAAGAAAAGUUGGUAGUAAACUCUUUGGAGUUUGGUCAGAGUCGCUUUAUUUCCGUUUUGCUUGUGGAAGUGGACUGCACUGAAACUUGGAAUCGGUCUGAAGAAUAACACCGGUUGUGGACUCUUGUCUCGACCACCUUCUCCAGUUUUCUCUGCGCCCAAGUUUGGCCACGCACCUUCGGCAAGAGGACAGCUUGAAGACGCCGGUCGCGUAAGAGAAUCAGAGAAGGUUUCCUCUCGCUGAGACGUGUGGAUGGAGAGCACCUUUCAUAGAUACAGACAUAUUUAAAGAUCUACUACAGAUAAACAUGGCCCCAUUAUUUUAGUGAAGUCUUCAACCCUCCAUCCAAACAUCAAGCAAACAACAACAAAAAAAACAACCUAAAGAUAAAGCAACCAACUAAAUCCCUCAAGCAGCCGUGACGGUGGGAGAGAGAGCUACAGGAGUCUAGACCAACGUGUAUGUGUGCGCCCUCGAGCACAGAGAAGAUGGAGUGGCAGCCUCUCUCAUUGGCUGGCCUCUCUCUGGCCUUGUGUGUUCUGCUGAGUCUGACCUCUGCCACGCCCUCCGGCCCGGCUUCUGCCACCUGCGCCUCCCUGGAGCAGAGUCGUUUCUUUGGCGUCUUCUCCUCCAAGGUGGCUCUGCCCUCUGCUCCCUGCUCCUGGACCCUGCAGAACCCGGACCCUCGCCGCUACACCGUCUACAUGAAGAUCACCAAGCCAACUGAAUCCUGCACACCGCGCCAGAUCAAGACCUUCCAGUUUGACUCGUUCCUGGAGACGUCCCGCACCUACCUGGGCAUGGAGAGCUUUGACGAGGUGGUGCGGCUGUGCGACGCCUCCUCUUCUGUGGCCUACCUGGAGUCCAGCAAGCAGUUCCUCCAGCUGAGGAAGGUGGUGCCCAUGCAGCUCGCCCAUGAAGAGGAAGGCAGCGAUGACGAGGGCAGUCAGUUCGGCGCCGAGUUCCUGGUGGUGGGGAAGAGGAACCCCAGCGUGCCCGCCUGUGAGAUGCUGUGUAAGUGGCUGGCGGAAUGCCUGGCAACCAGUACCCAUGGCAACCCCUGCGGUAUCAUGGCUACGCCCUGCCAGUGCUGGGAGCCACCCAGGAGGAGGACGGGAGGCUGCUAUAGGGGCGGAGUCUACGUGGACAAGUGCACGCCCAACAUUAGAGACAUCAGCCGUGAUGCUGAGAUCAUGAAGGGUUGGUCUGGCUGGGGCCGCUGGUCUGAGUGCAGUAACGAGUGUGGGGGUGGAGUCCAGGUCCGCAGUAGGGCAUGUCAACCUGACGACGGCGUCUGUGAGGGCGUGGUAGAGGAGGGGCGGGCUUGUAAUCCCCAGCCCUGCAUUGGUAAAGUGCGCCAGCGUAGUCAGGCUCUACGAUCCAUCAUUGGCCUGAGGAGAGACAACGGUGAAGAGAGUAACCCGGCCAACCCGGCUCCAGAUGCAUUUCAGGACCAGUGGUCUCUGUGGAGCGCCUGCUCUGUCAGCUGUGGGGAGGGAUGGCAGAGCCGCACACGUAACUGCAUGACAUCUGCUCACAAUACCCUGUGCACUGGUCCUUUAAGAGAGAACAGGCCCUGCAACAGUUCGAUUGUCUGCCCAGUGAAUGGUGCCUGGGAUGAGUGGGCCCCGUGGAGUUUGUGUUCAUCCACGUGUGGCCGUGGUUACCGUGACCGCGUCCGUGUCUGCAAGCCACCCAAUAAUGGAGGGGAACCCUGCGUUGGGCCCAGCACACAGACCAAGUUCUGCAACAUCGCUGUGUGCCCUGUCGAUGGCUCCUGGAACGAUUGGUCAGCCUGGACCGCUUGCUCAGCCUCCUGCUCCAAUGGGACAAGGCAGCGCACACGCGAGUGCAACGGCCCAUCGUACGGAGGCUCUGAGUGUCGGGGCGACUGGCGCGAGACCAGCAACUGCUUCCUGAAGGACUGCCCAGUGGACGGGAAGUGGCACUCUUGGAGCUCCUGGUCUAGCUGCAGUAAGACGUGUGGGGGAGGCAGCCAGCAGAGGCAGAGAGUGUGUGAGGGGCCCUUCUUCGGUGGAGGCCCCUGCACUGGGGACAAAGCUGAUCUUAGACGCUGCAGUGAAAAGAGGUGCCCUGAACCACAUGAGAUUUGUGGUGAGGAGAAUUAUGGCAACGUGGUGUGGAAGAGAACUCCAGCUGGAGACACCGCGGCUAUUUCCUGUCCCUCUGAUGCUGCAGGACUGGUCCUUCGGCGAUGCACCCUGGAUGCUGUGGGCUUGGCCUUCUGGGAAAACCCAACCUACAUCAAAUGCAUUUCUACACAGUACCAGGACAUCCAGGCACUGGCUCGCGAGCUCUUCUCUAAGUUCAAGAAAGGCUUGACGGUGAACGGUGUGUCAGAGGUUCUGUCCAGGCUGAGGAUGACCUCAGACGAUGGGACAAAGUACAGUGGAGACCUGCUGGUCGUCAUGGAGGUGCUUAGGAACACCACGGAGAUGUUCCGUGGAGCUGGAUACAGCCUCAGUAACGCUGACGUAGAGAACUACGCCCAGACAAUUAGCAACUUACUGAAGGAUGAAUACCAUGACAAGUGGGAAGAGGCACAGCUGAUGGGGGCUAACAUCAAGGAGUUCUUUAGUUUGAUUGAGGACUUCAUUGACAUGAUUGGAAAGCAGAUGAGAGAUUUCCAGGACAUUUAUGAAGUGACAGAGAACUUUGAGCUGAGUAUCCAGAAGCGUCCCAAAGUAAUGACUUCAGACGUGACAUUUCCCAUGAAGGGAUGGAGGGGAAUGAUGGAAUGGGUCCGCAAUUCUGAGGAAAAAGUCAUAGUGUCCCGCAACGCCCUGAGUCUGGAUGUGCCUGAUGCAGAAGAGAGCACAGGCUUUGUGACUGGCAUCGUCCUCUACAGAAACCUGGGCCCUGUCCUCUCUCUGCAAAGCAACAGCACCCUGUUGAAUUCUAAAGUCGUCACGGUAAUCGUGAAGCCAAACCCUGGUUUCCUGUCGGCACCUGUGGAGAUCGAGUUCCCUCACCAGCAUAACGGAACCAUCAACGAGACGUGUAUCGCCUGGGAUGAGAGUGAAACCGCGUCGCUGUUAGGCUCCUGGUCUGAGCGCGGCUGCAGAGCGUUCACGGUCGACUCCACCAGGACCAAAUGCGUCUGUGACGGGCUCUCCACCUUCGCCAUUUUAGCGCGGCCGAAUCCCGAAUCGAACAUGGAUAAGAACCUGUUGCCAUCGGUUACGAUGAUCGUUGGAUGUGGAGUCUCAUCGCUCACACUUCUACUGCUCAUUAUCAUCUAUGUCUCUGUUUGGAAGUACAUCCGCUCAGAGCGCUCAGUCAUCCUCAUCAACUUCUGCUUGUCAAUCAUCUGCUCCAAUGCUCUCAUUCUGAUUGGUCAAACACAGGCUCGCAACAAGGUCAUGUGCACACUGGUAGCUGCUUUCCUGCAUUUCUUCUUCCUGUCCUCCUUCUGCUGGGUUCUGACCGAGGCGUGGCAGUCCUACAUGGCCGUGACCGGCCGCUUGCGUAACCGGAUCAUCCGGAAGCGCUUCCUGUGUCUGGGCUGGGGUCUGCCCGCGCUGGUGGUGGCCAUCUCCGUGGGCUUCACCAAGGCCAAGGGAUAUGGCACGGUCAACUACUGCUGGCUGUCUCUUGAAGGAGGACUUCUGUAUUCAUUUGUUGGACCUGCUGCUGCCGUUGUCCUGGUGAACAUGGUGAUUGGUAUCCUGGUGUUUAAUAAGCUGGUGUCUAAGGAUGGAAUCACAGAUGUGAAGUUGAAGGAGAGAGCAGGGGCGUCGCUGUGGAGUUCGUGCGUAGUGCUCCCCCUGCUAGCCUUGACCUGGAUGUCGGCAGUGCUGGCCAUCACGGACCGGCGCUCGGCUCUGUUCCAGAUCCUCUUCGCUGUUUUCGACUCGCUGGAGGGCUUCAUCAUUGUCAUGGUGCACUGUAUCCUGCGCAGGGAGGUCCAGGAAGCUGUGAAAUGUCGUGUAGUCGACCGUAAAGAUGAUGGGAACGGGGACUCUGGGAGCUCAAUGCAAAAUGGUCACACGCAGCGCUUGGGUGACUUUGAAAAGGACACUGACUCAACGAGACCAGGUGGGAUGAAGAGCCCCUCUGAGGAGAAGUUGCCCCCUCCCCAGCUGCCCCUGCCUAUGGGCCCCAACUUCCACACGCUGCCGUCCAACCCAAGCGGGAAGAUUCACGCACAGGCACUGCCGGACUACUCCAGCCACACGCUGACUCUGCGGAGGGAGAAGUGUCGCGGUGGCACCGAGCCUUCCUGUGGCAAACCAAUCUACGUGUGCGACAGCGAGAUCUUCAAGCAGCUGGACGCCGAGCUGGCGCGAGGCCCAGCCGAGGGCGUGGUGCCCGACGCCAGCGGGUACAUGCUCCUGCCCAACACUACGUCCACACUGCGCGCCAAGCCCAAGGACGAGACCGGCUCAGUCUCCAAGUACAACAUCAGCGUGGAGCAGCUCCCACAGGCACGCCUGGUACACCUGGGUGGUGCUUACGCCGAGCCGCAGGCCGCCUACACCACCAAGACGCUGCCCUCUGACCGCGCCAGCGUCUCCUACUCCGAGCGGGACUCGCCCGUCCAGAACCUGCACAACAUCUCCAGUGAGAGUCACAUGACCAGCAUUCUGGGGGACACCUUUGACUCCAUGAACUCCAUGAUGUCAAAGAGCGAGACCAUCUCCACACUGUCCAUGAGCUCACUGGAGGUCAGUGAGGGGAGACAGAAAUCCCGUUAUGCUGAGCUAGACUUUGAGAAAAUCAUGCACACAAGGAAGCGGCAUCAGAACAUGUUCCAAGACCUCAACAGGAAGUUACAUCAUGGCGAGAAGGACAGAGAGUCACCUGCUUCUGACAGCAAGUCUGUGAGGUGGAGCGUGUCUUCCGCAGGAAGUGACAAAACCAGCCACAGCGACAAGCAAGCCCCUGGAGAGCGUUCAUGGGAAAGUAUGCCCCGGUCACAGACGUCACCCCCAGCAUGGGUCCGCAAGGACCUGGAGCCUCUGCAGGCUUCCCCCCUGGAGCUGCCCACCGUGGAGUGGGAGAAGGCAGGAGCCACCAUCCCUCUGGUGGGCCAGGACAUCAUGGACUUACAGACGGAAGUGUGAGGGCCUUGCUAACCAAACCCUGCACACCCCUGGCUCAUUUUAGUUUUGGAAAGAGGGAGAGAAAGAGAAUCUGAAGGGUAGAAUCUGAAGGGAACUGGGGAGCGGAGGAACAUGGAAAGAGUACAAAGAUAAAAUAAAGAAAGAUAAAAAGAAGAGAACCAAAAACCAUGUCCAGACAUCCAAAGAAUAAAAGAGGAUAAAGACAGAGAGUGAGGGAAAGAAGGAAAGGUGUAAGCUUGGGGAUGUAUGUACUUCCAAGCUUCACCAGUCAGGCAUUAAUGUUAGUGUGAGGAGGAGGUGAGAUAUGGUUGGUUGGGUUUGGUUCUCCUCUGGGCAGAGAAAGGUUCUGAUUGUUCCAUUGAGAGUUUCUCCCAUAACUUCCGUCUGGUCCAGGAGAGGUGUCUCAUGCCUGUGCCUUUUCAGUUUUUCCCUCGAAUUCAGCAUGGUAAGGCCGGGCCCUCCAGCCAGAACCUGGGCGGGGCCCGGCUGCCUGGGCGGGGCCUCCCGGCGGCCUCUUCUGGCAUCUCUCCUCUUGCCAGGAGAGAAGGACAAGUGACGAGUCGCAUCCCAUCAGCCUCUGGGGUAUUUUUCAGCCUGUGGUGGAAUGAGGCAUGUCUGCGAGCCAUUUGCGCUGUGGUUGUUGGUUUUUAUCGCUUUGCGUAGAGCUGCUUUUCCAGAGCUUAUUAUGGACUCUUCCACUGAACUCAACUUAGAGUCUGCCAGCAUAACUUUCCUGGACUCAGCAAGGUUGAAUAGGACUGUCAGAGCUGAACAUUAUUCUUGCAGUUAUCAUUCUUAUUAGGUAUUUUCAUUAUUAUUAUUAAUAUUGUUAUGAAUACAUUGUCAUUGCUAUUUUAUAUUUUUUAUAUUAUUUUUGUUCUUGAUGUAAUCUGUUACCCAUUUUUUGUUAUCUUUAUCACCCACUGAGGAGUUUAAUUUUUUCAGUCCAAUAUCAGUCAUGGUCAUCAAUUCCCAAAAACAUCAAGAAUGUAAUGAAAGCACAGAAGAGAGGACCUUGAGAUGUGGCUUUCCAGAGAUGCUCAGAGACACAAUACGCCCACUUGCAUGACACAACAGCGGCUUCUGGAGCAUCCCUGGUGCAUUCUGUGUACUGAAAGUUUGGCAUCGGUGACUGUGUUACAGUGGACACGAUGAGGAUGAAACACUAUUUGUGCUUUGCUGGAGGCUCCACUGGAUCAUAUAACUGUUUGUGUUCCCUCCAUUUCUCCUACCAGCUCUUUCUACAGCCUUGCGAACUAGACAAAAAGAAAAACUUAACCUCAAAGACCCUAGUAGUGGGCCUUGAGGCACCUCGGCACAUUAACUGAGGCUGUUCUCACCCUCCUCUGAACUCCAUCAAUCUUCCACAGUGCCAGCUGCAGAGACUGCAAACAGACUCUCAUGUUGUGCAGACAGAGUGAAAGACAACUGUGCAAUAUGAUGACAGAUGCUUGAUGCUCAAGCAAGGCUGAUGUCAGACCCGAUGGCAGGUUUUCCUUAUUUUUGGAAUUUUCUACCAUGUUUAUAGAGCAUAGACACAUUUGUGUAUAAGGACUCUGCAUUAGCAAUUAUCAAAGAUUCUUUCUCCAUAAAAUGGUGAUGGAUGAAAGCACAUGACUUUGAGACCUGUGAUAAAUUUUAAUUUUGGGAGAAAAUAUUUAGAGAUAUUACAUAUAAAAAAUUCUAGAAUAUAGUGUUUCAGGAAAAUACCUUUGGUUUUCUACUUGACACCCCCUGAUUGUUGAACACCUGGACAUCUGGUCCUGUGUAUUGUCUAGUGUUUUUGUAACUAUGUCUGUAACCCAUAACCUCCAAUAACCUUCCCUCUUGUUUCAGUCUUGCACAGUACAGGUGAUCAGACUCCUACCUGUUUGCUUACCUCCCUUCUACAUAUCUGUAUUUAUUAUUUUAUUUUUAUUUUCAAUUGUACAGUUUUCAGAGCACAAGAUGAAUGUGUUAUUUCUAAUAAAAACAUAUCCACAUGA